GAUAUCUCGAAAUAACAUAAUCGAAAGAAUAUAAAAUGGCGACUCAAUGAAGAGUUCAUAUAUUCGUGUAGUUGUUUUAUGCAGUGCGUAUCUAUAGUUUUUCUUAACAACAAUUUAUAAAUCAUUAUCAUGGGUACAUCAGAUUUGGAAUGUAUGGAGUCUAAAAGAGACAUGGUGACUAUAGAUUCUGAAUCGGAUAUGUUGGUUGACCAAAGAAAGAAAAAGAAAAGAAAGCAUAAACAUCACAAACAUAAGAAAGAUAAAUUAAUUGAAAGGGAAGAUGGAAGGAUAGAACGUCAAGAACGAAAAAAACACAAGAAACAUAAAAGACCCAAAAAAGAAAGAGAAGUUGAAAAUGGAUCAUUAGAUGACAAAACACCACGUGUAAUUCAAAAAGAUUUAGGUGUAAAUGGCAAAGUGAAAAAUUCUUUACUAGAAGUGGUUUCUACCGAAGAAAGUGAAGAUGAGAAAUUGGUAGAUUUAGAUUCAGACGAAGUAGAUUGUACAAUUAUCGAAGAUGAUAUUGAUCUGGAAGAAUUAAUGAAACAAAAGGAGCGUUUGCAAGCAUGUUUAGUACAGUACCUUUCGGAUGAAUCUGAGAAGGAGGAUAAGGAACCAGAUCAAGAUGAAAUUAAAGCUACUGAAACACCUGAUGUUAUACUUGUAGAGGAUGAUAGUGAAAAUGACAAUAUACCCCCCAAAAAACGGGCUAGGAGUAAGUCUGGUAGUAGAGAACGCAAAAAAGUCACGAAACCUGAGAGGCGUGUAGUAGUAGAUAUGAGCAGGGAUCGUAGAAAUCGAGAGGAGCAUAAAGAUAAACGAAGGGAAAUAGAAAGGAGACGGGAGGAAAAAGUUCGUACUAAAGAGGAAACUAAGAGAGAUGAUAAUAGAAAAGAUGACAGGCAAGUGCGAAAACCAAGCGAUAGACAUAGGGAGGAUUCACGAAAAGAAGAUAACAAAAGACGAAUAGAAGAUGAUAAGCGUAAAGAUUCUGUCAAAAGAGAUGAGUCGCGUAAAAGAGAACAAGAUAGAAGAGAAGAAGAGCGAAAACGAGAAGCCGAUCACCAUAAUUCUAGAUCUCGUAAUGAAUACAAAUCAUUAGAUAAGACCGAUAAAUCUAGACGCGACAGUCGCGAUAGAUUAGCAAGUCGAGAACGACAAGGUAGUCGCGAUCGGCAUGUAAGCCGCGAUAGACAUGUUAGUAAGGACCGCAAUGUUAGUCGAGAUCGACAUGCCAGUAGAGAUCGACAUAUCAGUCGAGACAGACAUGCUAGUCGUGAUCGUCAUACCAGUAAAGAUCGUCCGCCUAGUCGCGAUCAACGUAGUCGAGACAGACCUGCCAGCAGAGACCGGCAUAGUCGUGAUAAAAGAGACAGUAGAGAACGCCAUACUAGUCGCGAUCGGCCCAGAGAUGGUAGAAGUAGUCGUGAUCAUAACGACAUGCGAGAUCGACGAGAUAGUCGGAACCGCGAUAGAAUUAGAGAGCGAUCAAGAAGUACAAGAAGAUCUCGUAGUCCUAUUAGGAGUAGAUUGGAUAGAUAUCGGAAUGAUCGUUAUAAACGCUCUAGAUCGCUCUCUCGAAGUAGACGAGACAGAGACAAACAUACUAGAGAUCAUGAUAGGGAGAGAGAAAAAAAUGGUAAAAGGGAACGUAGUGAUAAAUUCAAAGACUCUUUGUCAGAAGGACUGAAGGUAGAACAUUCAGAAACUUCAAGUGAAGAAGAUAUUAAAGACAUAGAUAUCGAAGAAGAGGAAGAUGAAGAAGCUAUUAUUGAACGUAGAAGAAAACAAAGAGAGGAACUUUUAAAGAGGUUAGGCGGACCAAAUGAAGAUUCAAAUAUGUCUGCUGAAAUUAAUACUGUUCCCGCAACUCCACCUUCUGAAAGUCAAUCAAAUGUGUCACAGAAGUCAAUAGAAGUUUCGUCUAAUAAUAACGAAUCCACUUCGGAGAGUCAUACCCCACCAUUGCCCGAGAAACCAAAAUCGCCACAAGUUAAAAAGAGAAAAUCUAGAUUCGAAGACGCUCCAUCUGAAGAGACAGAUAAAAAUGAAGAUACAAAACCGACAGAAAAAAUUAAACAGGAAGAAAAACAAAACGCAAAAAAAUCAAACGAAUGGGACAUGUUUGCCGAAGCAGACAACAUAGGUGAUUUUAAUAGUCCCACAGUCGAAGGAAAACGACAAGGUGGACCAGAUAAUCCAAGUUUAACAGACAAUUGGGAUGAUGCAGAAGGAUAUUAUCGAGUACGUGUGGGCGAGACGUUAGAUUCCCGAUAUGUUGUUUAUGGAUAUACUGGUCAGGGUGUAUUUAGUAAUGUCGUAAGGGCUAGAGAUACUGCUAGAGGCAAUUUAGAUGUUGCUGUAAAAAUAAUAAGGAAUAAUGAAAUAAUGCACAAAACUGGCCUUAAAGAAUUAGAAAUACUUAGAAAACUGAAUGAUGCAGAUCCAGAAGAUAGAUUUCAUUGUUUACGACUUUUUAGGCAUUUCUUUCAUAAAAAUCAUUUGUGUAUGGUUUUCGAACCAUUGGCUAUGAAUUUAAGAGAGGUUUUAAAAAAAUAUGGAAAAGACGUUGGUUUACAUGUUAAAGCGGUAAGGUCGUAUACGCAGCAACUUUUCCUUGCUCUCAAGUUAUUAAAACGUGCAAAUAUUCUGCAUGCUGACAUCAAACCUGAUAACAUUCUAGUCAGUGAAAGCAAGUUAGUGUUGAAACUCUGCGAUUUUGGCUCAGCGUCUCAUGCUCAUGAGAAUGAGAUAACACCGUAUUUGGUAUCAAGGUUUUAUCGGGCACCUGAAAUUAUUCUUGGUAUAUCGUAUGAUUUCGGCAUUGACAUGUGGUCUGUGGGAUGCACCAUAUACGAAUUGUACACGGGAAAAAUAAUGUUCUCGGGCAAAACGAACAACCAAAUGUUGAAAUUCUUCAUGGACUUAAAAGGCAAAAUGCCUAAUAAGCUGAUUAGGAAAGGCUCAUUCAAGGAUCUACAUUUUGACUCUAACUGCAAUUUCCUGUAUCAUGAAGUUGAUAAGGUCACGGAACGGGAGAAAGUUGUAGUGAUGUCUACGUUGCCAGCCACUCGUGAUCUAAACGCAGAAUUAGGAGGAAAUUCUUUGCCACCGGAACAAAGUCGGAAAGUUGGACAACUGAAAGACCUUUUGGAACGAACGUUGAUGUUGGAUGCAGGAAAGAGAAUUACUGUGAACCACGCCCUGGCGCAUCCAUUUAUACAAGAAAAGAUAUAGGUAACCCUGCCUGGGGUCCUUCCGCAUCGGAGAAUUCAUUGACGUAAUUUUACAAAAGAAUGUUUAAAACGACACCGCUAACGAUUCGUUGUAUAUCAUAAAAGCAUUACUAACAUAAUGCGGUGUCUCCUUAUAUCGAAUGUCCUGUAUCCGUUACAGCAGAAAGAGGCGGUGCAAAAAUUUCACAUUUCACUCGCCAUUUCAAUACAACAGGAGAACAUUUGAAGACGUAAAUACGUCAUAACGAAAGGAAGGAAAAAUUAUUUGCAUAACGUAUUGUACUCUAUCAAUCUGAACUCUAUUAUUUAAUUAAUGAUAACUAUUGCAGGUCAAUAGAGUGCAAUAUUUUUAUAUUAAUUAAUAACUACUACAGACGAUGAAUAAUAAUGUUGGAAUUCACCCAUUGAUGCAUUUAUCAACGAUUAUAAAAACGACAUAUUUGUACUUGGCUCGAAACAAUGUAGUGUAUCAAAGGGCGUAAAAAAUUAUUUUUUCGUGUACAUUUUUUUCAAAUAGAAAUCGCUUAGAUUUGGUUUAUUUCUUUUCUUUCUUUGUGCACAGCAAUUAUAAAGUAUGUAAAUCCAACACGGUGAAUACUAGAGGAAGCAGCUUGGUGAAUGUACGUCAUAGAACGAUAUUUUUCCGUGGAUGAAAAUCAGAACCGGGAAAGUGACCGCCUCUUUCAGCAUGAAUUGGCCAUCGAUACUUAGCAUAAUGGUGAUAUGAGUCUUCGAUUCAAAGCAUCGAUAAGUGCGAGUGGACCUUUCAUGGGCUUUUAACGCCGUUCCCGUUGCAAGCCCUCCCUGUGAGGAGGGGAGGCAAUGGAAGAGAUGAUGAGAUCAGUUGGUGGAAAACAUGAUGAUGAAGGAAACGGGUGAGAUUCUCUGGGCAGCAGCUUGACAACUGUAUAAAAAUGAUGCCUAUCGCAAAAAAGGAUCACCAAAUAUUUAAUAUAAAUUUAUGUCAACAGGAAGGUUUGUCAUAAAAUUUCACUGAAAUUAACAAAACCGUAAGUAUUUGAACAGGUAAGAUAUAUAUGAAUAAAAAAAUGAAAAUUAUAGAUAAACUUUUUUCUUAGUAAUAUGAAUCUAUCUAAUAUAAUUUUUUAGAUAUUUAUUAUUAAGUAAGUAUAGGUAAUAUUAAAAGGAGCAUGAUACUAAUAUUUAUGGCUUUCAAUUUUCAGAUUACUGAAAAAAGAUCCUCAAAAAUAAUUUUAAUACAACAAAGAGCGACCUAUAAAACGUAUAACAUGCAUAUAAUUAUAGGAAUAAAUUACACAUGACAUGAUUGUAUAAUGGCACAGUUAAAUUUAUUACACAUUAUAUUUCAAUAAAAAUCAUAAUUACUUUCACAUUCA